AUGCUACGUAUUCGUCGUAGCUUCGAUGGGGAAAAUCAGUCUGGGGGUAUGAAUCAAUUCUGCAGUCGAUCCUCUACUCGACAUCUACACCAGCACGGGGCCGGUGCUCCUGGCGGUGAACCCGUUCCGGAGCCUGCCCGGCCUCUACAGCCCCGAGACGCUGCGGAGCUUCUUCCCCGCCGGGGGCGGUGCCGCCGCCUCGCAGGGGGCGAAGCGGGCGCCGCCCCACGUCUUCGGCGUGGCCGCGAGGGCGCUCCGGGGCAUCUGCGAGCGCGGCGAGUCGCAGACCGUGUUGAUCAGCGGCGAGAGCGGCGCGGGCAAGACGGAGACCACCAAGUUCGUGAUGCAGUUCCUCGCCCUGGCUGGGGCGGAGGGCGACGCGGGGUCGAGGGGCGGGAACGCCGGCGGCAUGUCCAAGGUCGAGCGGCAGGUCCUGGGCUCCAACCCUCUCCUGGAGGCCUUCGGGAACGCGAAGACCCUGAGGAACGACAACUCGUCCCGCUUCGGCAAGUACAUCGAGCUGCAGUUCGGCGUGGAUCAGCCCGGGUGGUCGGAGAGCGCCCGGCUGGUCGGAGCCCGCAUCAGGACGUACCUCCUCGAGAAGGUGCGCGUGCUCCACCAGCAGGAGGGCGAGCGGACCUUCCACAUCUUCUACCAGGCCCUGGCGGCCGCCAGCUCGCCGACCCGGCUGAUGACGGCGGGCCUGCCUCUCAGCCCCGCGGCUCCGAGCCAGACGCUGGAGAUGAGCAAGGGCGGCCUGGGCCUGCCGCUGGCCGACGCCGAGGGGGACGCCGCUGCGCUGGAGGGCUUCCUGGGGUUCCCCGCGGCGUCCUUCGGCUACCUCGCGAACUCCGCGGGCACCGCGCUGCAGCACUGCGACGAGGCCGAGGAGUUCGAGGCGACGCUGUCGGCGAUGAGGGCCGUAGGCCUCGCCUCGGAGGUGCCGGACGUCCUGGGCAUGGUCGCGGCGGUGCUGCACCUGGGGAACCUGCACUUCACGGAGCCCCACAGCGAGGCCUCCCAGGUCUCGCUGCCGGAGGGCGUGACGGCGGAGGGCCUGCCCUGCGGCAGGGCCCCGCUGCAGGUGGUGUGCUCGCUGCUCGGGGUGGAGGAGGGGGCGCUGUCGGAGGCGCUGUGCUCGAGGACGAUGCAGGCCCCGGGCGAGCAGAGGCUGCUCCGCAUCCCCAACACCACGCAGCGGGCUGCGGACAGCCGCGACGCGCUGGCUCGGCACCUCUACGGCGCGAUCUUCGACCACGUCGUGCGGAGGACGAACGAGUCCAUCUCGGACGGGGCGAGCACGCCACCUUCUGCGGCGUGCUGGACAUCUUCGGCUUCGAGUUCUUCCAGACCAACUCGUUCGAGCAGCUGUGCAUCAACUAUACGAACGAGCUGCUGCAGCAGUACUUCAACGAGUUUAUCUUCGAGAACGAGGCCGCGCUGUACAGGGAGGAGGGCAUCGCGUGGGAGCCGGAGGACUUCCCCGACAACGCGUCCAUCGUCGCGUUGCUGCACGAGCGCGUCAGGGGGGUGCUGCCCAUGCUCGAGGAGGAGUGCUUCAGCAUCGGGGGCAGCUCCGAUCGGUGGGGCAGCAAGCUGAUCAAGGAGCACGAGGGCCACAAAAACUUCUCCAUCAUCAGGAACAAGCAGGGCGUCUUUGUCCUCCAGCAUUUCGCGGGGCCCGUCACGUACACCGUGGACGGCUUCCUGGAGAAGAAUAAGGACGAGCUGUCCACGGACAUCCUGGCGUGCAUGCGAAGCAGCAGGAAGCCCUUCGUGAGCGCCCGCUUCUCGGAGGGCGACCGCGUCUUCGGCUCCGGUCCGCGCCGGGGCGCCGCGGGCGAGGCCGCCGCCGGCGCGCCCCUGGGCUCGCCCCGGGCCCCAGGCGGCGGCGGCGGCGAGAGGGUGCUCCGCGCCAAGAGGUACACCGUGUCGUCUGAGUUCCGGGAGCAGCUGCACGAGCUGCUGGGGCAGAUUCACCAGACGGUGCCGCACUUCGUGCGGUGCAUCAAGCCCAACCCGAAGAACCGGCCGUUCGAGGAGGCGCGGGCCGGCGAGGCGCCACGGCCGCUCUUCAGCCGCGCCCAGGUCGCGGAGCAGCUGAGCUACCAGGGCGUCCUGGAGGCGGUCCGCGUGGCCCGCGCAGGCUACCCCGUGCGCUUCGCGCACGGGGACUUCUACGUGGAGUUCGGCUGCCUGGUCUGCCCGAAGCUGCGCGCCCACCUGGAGGCGGAGGCGCAGGCCGCCGGGGAGUUCACGGCGGCCGCCGUCCAGCAGAUGCUGGAGUCGGGCGAGAUGCAGGCGGCCCUGAGCUCCGGGGCCGAGCCCGCCAGGCGGGGGUGGGCCCUCGGCAGGACGCGCGUCUUCCUGAAGCAGGAGCCCUCCAACGCUCUCCGCGUCGCUCUGGGCCGAGCUCGGCACGCCGCGGCGACGCGGCUGCAGGCUGCGGCGCGCCGCCGCGCCGCGUCGAGGAGGUAUGCGCGCUUCUCGUGGGCGCUGCGGCGGCUGCAGGCCUGCUGGCGCGGGGCCGUGGUCCGAGGCGAGAUGUGGCGCGAGAAGCGCGAGGCGGCCGCGACAUUGCUGGCGGCCGCCGCCCGGACGCUGCGAGCACGGCAGCGGUUCCACACGGCACGUCGGGCGGCGUUGGUGUCCCAGGCCUGGGGACGCAUGCGCUGGUGUCGCAAGCGGUACCUGGCCGACAGGGCCCGCCUGACCCAGCUGCAGCGCUGGUGGCGCUCGCUGCAGAAGCGGCGGCGCUGGCGCAACCUGCAGCAGAACAUGUUGAGGAUACAGCGCUGCUGGCGCGGCUCGCGGGGGCGCCUGCAGGCGCUGGAGCUCAAGGUGCGCAGUCACCGCCUGAAGGUGGCGGUCCGUGCGCUGCUGCGGCUGCGAAGGCGGAGUUUGGCGCAGAGGGAGUGGCGCGCGAAGAUGAUGCAGUUCUACCUGCACAGGGAGCCCGUGCCGGCGCCCUCGCGCGAGCUGGUCCUGAGGGACAUUACCCGGCUGCGUACGGAGUACGAGGCGAUGUACAAGGAGGUGCAGAGUUUCCGCGCCGAGCGGGCGGAGUGGGAGCGUCGGCUGGAGGCCUUGAGGAGCCAGGCGUGGACCCGCGUGCGGGGCAUGUUCACCGCGGAGCCCGCGUGA